AUGGCCCUGUUUGUGAACCCGACCGUGAGCGGCCUGGGCCUGAUCGGAAACUUGCUCAGCCUCUCCGUCCUUCUGUGCACCGGCCUCAAGAAGUCGUCCUACGUACUACUGUUCGCACUCACUGUCUCUGACACUUGUUGGCUGUUGUACGCUCUGAACACAUCGAGGCUUCUCUUCCUGUACGGAUCCAGGCUCGGUUGGAUAGGCUGGGAAUUUCCGCAAGAGAUCGCUUAUGGGUUUUUCGUCAUGAAUCAAGUCAUAGAAUUCAUCGCGAAUCUCGGAGGCUACAGCUCAACAACGCUUCCAGUCGUCAUUAUGGGCGAGCGGUGCCUGGCCGUGUUCUACCCGUUAAAAUUUAACCGCCUCGUAACGGCGAAAAGGGCCUGGAUCGUCGUGCUGUGUGUUUACCUGUUCUGGCUGCCGUGGUGUCUGAACUCGGCGUUCCUCUACUCAUUUAACUACUUCCGCUACAGAGGUGUUAGUUUUGGUUGGACGUACUUUUCGCCCUACUACAUCAUGAAUAAGAACACCAUAGACCUGCUGGAUCAGUACGUUUUCUCGACCCUGGCGUCCUGGGUGCCCGUCAUCCUGGUCAUCACCGGAGCGGUAGUCCUCGGGGUAAAGAUCAAAAUCUCCCACCGGAAACGCCAGGGUCUUCUGUCGUGCACUUCCGCCGAGCCCCGGGCCAUGUCGACGAGGACGACCCGAACACUGGUCAGCGUUUCCGUGGUUUUCGCAGUCCUCUACGGGUAUGGGGUUUUGACCCUCCUCGUUAAGUUAAAGGGCAUUUAUGUCUUUUUAGAAGAAAUUUUAAGUCAGUCUCGAUAUCUCGUGGUCAAUAUCAACAGCUCGCUGAAUUUUGUCAUUUACCUUCUGAUGAACGGAAAGUUUCGU